AUGACUUGCACCUCCUACCUACAACUCAGAGCCAAGGAUGACAUCUCCACUCGGCAAAGGGCAAAGGGGGCAAGGGUGGUGGCGGUGACGGCGGGGGAGGCGGCGGUAGGGGGUUGGUGGAGGCCGGUGGUGGUGGUGGCUCGGCUGGAGGGGCGAGUGGUAGCGGUUGGGGUGGUGGCGGCAGCGGCGGGGGAGGUGGCACGGGCGGAGGCGGUGGUUGGGGUGGAGGUGGACGCGGCGGCGGCGGCAGGGGUUGGGGUGGUCGAGGAGCGUGGCAGCGGUGGUGGUGGCCGUGGAGGCGCUGGUGGUGGCCAGGGCCAGCAGCACACUCCUUCGCCCCAGGAGGUCCGUGAGUGGUACUCUCAGCACGGGGGUGGGGUUGGUCUUAGCUGCACGUACGUCAUUCGCACUGGUGACCUGCACUGUGGAGAGGGUGCUGAGUACUUGUGUGUGCCGCCCGACCCGGGCAUUAGGGCCAGUGCGUCUGCCGCUCCAGGUACUUGCGUGUCGGCUACCCCAGGUGCUGGUGAGGCUGCUGCUCUAGGUGCUCGUGUGUCUGCCCCCCUUGGUACUGAGUCGACUGCCAGCACUGCACACCUUCACACUGGACUCAGGUCAGCUGUCGCCCCCUGCUCGUGUCGCUCUCUGGCACACGAGACUGUCCUCUGGCACCACCGCCUUGGCCACCCGUCUGUGCAGCGGCUUCGUGCCAUGCACUCCCGGUACCUUGUCUCUGGCCUGCCCAAGGUCCUUCCUGCCCUCCCACCCUCGCCUGCUCCUACCUGUCUCCCCUGUGUCGAGGGACGGCAGUGCGCCGCUCCUCACUCCUCCUCGUUUCCCCCGACGACUGCUCCCUUGCAGACACUCCACAUGGACGUGUGGGGCCCAGCCCGCAUCCGUGGUCAGGGUCAGGAGAGGUACUUCCUGAUAGUUGUUGACGACUACUCGCGCUACACCUCGGUCUUCCCCUUGCGCACCAAGGAGGUGGUGAGUUCUCCUCCCGACCUCUUGGCAGCCUACUGUGCUGAGCACGGCAUUGAGCAGUCGUUCGCGCUUCCGGCCUCUCCACAGCAGAAUGGGGUUGCGGAGCGCCGCAUUGGCCCUGGUCAUGGAGGUCGCCCGUACCUCCUUGAUCCAUGCGGCUGCCCCCCACUUUCUGUGGCCGUUUGCGGUCGGUACGCUGCGCAUCACCUCAACCUCUGGCCCCGUGUCUCCUUGCCGGAGACCUCGCCCACGCUGCUGCGGACGGGGGAGGUUGGUGAUGCGUCGCGUUUUCCGGGUGCUGCUGUUGCAGACCCCCUCCCCCCUCAGGGUGCCGCUCCCUCAGGUGUGUCUCAGGUAGACCCGGUUGAGCCUGUUGAGGUAGUUGUCGACUCUCGUCCUGCUGGGGGUGUUGAGCCUGGGGGUGCUGAGCCUGGGGGUGUGGAGCCUGGGAGUGCUGAGCCUGGGGGUGUGGAGCCUGGGGGUGUGGAGCUUGGGGGUGCUGAGCUUGGGGGUGCGGAGCCUGGGGGUGCUGAGCUUGGGGGUGCUGAGCUUCGGGGUGCUGAGCCGCAGAGUCCGGAGUCUGGGGGUUCUGGGUCUGGAGGUACUGGGCCUGGGAGUCCUACACCUGGAGGAGCCCUCUCCUCAAAGCAGCUGCGUGAGUGGUACUUACAGUACUGCAGCCUGCGGAGAGGUGCCGCUCGAGCCAAACGUGCUGCUGGGAUUGGUGCUAGUGCUUCUUCUCCCAUUCGGGAGCUCACCUCCCGUGAGCGGAUCCGUGAGUGGUACGAGCGGCGCUGCACUCUUCGGAGUGGCGUGCCUCGUGUUGCGGACCCCGCUGCCGUUGGAGCUGCUGCUGGUGCUGAGGACCCGGGCGUUGGAGCUGCCGCUGGUGCUGCGGACCCGGGUGUUGGAGCAGCUGCUGGUCCUGAGGACCCGGGCGUUGGAGCUGCCGCUGAUACUGCGGACCCGGGAGUUGGAGCUGCUGCUGGUGCUGAGGACCCGAGUGUUGGAGCUGGUGCUGGUGCUGAGGACCCGGGCGUUGGAGCUGCUGCUGGUGCUACGGACCCGGGUGCUGGAGCUGCUGCUGGUGCUGCAGACCCAGGUGUUGGAGCUGCUGUUGGAGCUGCGGACCCAGGUGUUGGCGCUGCUGCUGGUGCUGCGGACCCUGGUGCAGGUGUCCCUGCUGGCUCUGGUGUCGCUGCACAGUCCCGGCCGUACUUCGUUCCGCUCCUUCAGCAGGUUCUUGGCACUCACCGGAUGGCGCUUCGUCCGUCCACUGCUCCACAGCGUGUCCCACUGCCGUCUCCUCCUGCUUCCUCUCUUCCUGCUCUUGCUGACCCUGAGUCCGACUCUCUUCGUGCUGCCAGUCCUACUGUCACGCGUCUCCUGUCUACUGUUGUCACUAACCCUUCCUUUGAGUCUGCUACUGCGUCUGCCUUAGUUGCUGAGCUUGUCGACUUUGCUGCCACCUGUCGUCUAGACUACGCUGCUAGCCUAGUUGCUGAGUCUGAGUCUGUCUGCUAG